UGUUCUUUCUUGGCUAACUGUUGCAAGCUAACUAGUGCGCAAGACGCGCAAGCUCUCGAAUUCAGAUCAAGAGGCAUUGACAUCCACCCUGCAGAGCUUUCAGCGCCGGUUCUUACUGAAGACGGCAGUUAUUACGGCUCUCCAUCUCUAAUGGCUCCCCCAUUGCGUCACAGGUUACUGCGCAUCUUUGUCAACGAUGACCGCCAUGUCAUGGCGAAACACUCUGCCAUCUAUCCAACUCAGGAGGAGCUGGAAAAUGUACAGAACAUGGUUUCUCACACAGAGCGGGCCCUAAAGGCUGUCUCCGACUGGCUGGAUAGACAGGAAAAAGGGACCUCCAAACCCGACUCUGACGCUGCAGACGCUGAGAAGGAAAUUGAUUCCAAAGACCCUGCCACUCGCACUCUGCGUGGCGUAAUGAGGGUGGGCUUGGUUGCUAAGGGUCUGCUGCUAAAGGGGGAUCUGGAUCUGGAGCUGGUGCUCCUCUGUAGGGAAAAGCCCACCACCGAUCUGCUGAGGAAAGUGGCAGAAAACCUUUCUGCACAGCUAAAGCUGAUAACGGAGGAGAAGUAUGUGGUGACCCAGGACAUCCAGGAGGCCAGCAUUGUCAUCCAAAACACAAAGGAGCCCCCGCUCACGCUGACCAUUCACCUGACGUCCCCGCUGGUCCGCGAAGAGAUGGAGAAGACCACUGCUGGAGAAACGCUUUCAGUCAUCGAUCCCCCGGAUGUUCUGGACAGGCAGAAAUGCCUAACUGCCUUGGCAUCUCUACGCCACGCUAAGUGGUUCCAGGCUAGAGCGAACGGGCUGCGCUCCUGCGUCAUCGUCAUCCGCAUCCUGAGGGACCUGUGCGCCCGUGUUUCCAUGUGGGCGCCGCUGCGUGGCUGGCCUCUGGAGCUGAUCUGCGAGAAAGCAAUCGGCACAGGGAACCGGCCAAUGGGAGCAGGAGAAGCUCUGCGGAGAGUUUUGGAAUGUUUGUCCUCAGGAAUCCUAUUAUCAGAGGGUCCUGGAAUUUCUGAUCCGUGUGAGAAGGAGCCCACGGACGCCGUCGGUCAUUUGAACAGCCAGCAGAGAGAAGACAUCACCGCCAGUGCUCAGCAUGCCUUAAGACUGUCAGCCUUUGGACAGCUUCACAAAGUUCUUGGAAUGGACUCGCUUCCCUCUAAAAUGCCCAAAAAGGCUCGAACUGAGGCUCCUAUUGGUUACACAGUCCAAAUCCCACCAAGCACGACCUACGCCACACCAAUGAAAAGGCCCAUCGAGGAAGAGGAGGGAACAGAUGACAAGAGUCCCAACAAAAAGAAGAAAAAGCUGCAGAAGAAAUCUGCUGAGGAGAAGGCCGAGCCCCCUCAAGCUAUGAACGCCCUCAUGAGGCUGAACCAGCUGAAACCGGGUCUCCAGUACAAGCUGAUCUCCCAGACGGGCCCGGUUCAUGUUCCGGUCUUCACCAUGGCCGUAGAGGUGGAUGGGAAGUCCUUCGAGGCUUCAGGUCCGUCCAAGCGCACCGCCAAGCUGCACGUCGCUGUGAAGGUUCUGCAGGACAUGGGUCUGCCCACCGGAGUGGACGUGAAGGCCGCUGAACCGGCGGCCAAAGCAGACGAGCCGGCCGCAGCCACGCCCGCAGAAGAACCUAAACCCGCCACAAUUCCAGCCGAAACUCCUGCAGCCACCAACGCAGACCAACCCGAACCCUCAGAGGCCGCUCGCCAGCAGGGACCAAUUUUGACGAAACACGGCAAGAACCCCGUCAUGGAACUGAACGAGAAGAGGCGGGGCCUCAAGUAUGAGCUCAUCUCAGAGACUGGCGGCAGCCACGACAAACGCUUCGUGAUGGAGGUGGAGAUUGACGGGCAGAAGUUUCAGGGCACCGGCUCCAACAAAAAGGUGGCUAAAGCGUACGCAGCCCUGGCCGCCCUGGAGCGCCUUUUCCCAGAAGGCUCGGCGCCCGAGGCUGUUAAGAAGAAGAAGGGCCUGCCCAUGCACCCUCCACCGUUUGCUAUGAUGGGUGGCGGGGAAUUAGGCGUGGCCAGGGGCCGAGGAAGAGGAGGGCGAGGCCGAGGAAGAGGCAGAGGCUUCAACAACGGAGGCGGCUACGGCCAGCCAGGUGGCUUUGGAUCCUAUGGUUACGGGAACGGUGGUGCCAACUCUGGCUACAAUUACAGCUCUGGGGGUUCAAACGGAGGAGCGGGGGCAUUGAGCAACCUGUCCAGCGGACCCCAGCUCGGAGCCGCACAAGGAUCGACCCCCGACCCCUACCCUUCCUUUUACCAAAGCUAUUCUCCUGCUAACAAACCCCAGAAGAAGAAACCCCCCAUGCACAAAGGCGGGAAAGCCCCCUUUCCGGGUUCUCCGGGCGGGGGGCCUGGACCUGCAGCGGGGUACCAGCCCAGUGGGCCUACAGGUCUGAGCUCAUACAAUCAGUACGGGCAGGGGAAGAAGAACUUCAGCCAGAACCAGGGGGGGGCAGGCAGUUACCUGUACAGCACCGCCUACCCCAGCCAGGUGACGGGGGGAGGCGGAAGCAACCAAGACUACAGCUACGACGGUUUCAGCAGCCAGUCCACCUACAGCUCGCAGGGGGCCGGAAACAACCUGGGCUUUGGCUCCACCCACACGCCGUACCACAACACGGGCUACGGCAGAGGAGACGGCGGCAUGAACUACCAGUACAGAUAGACUCCUCCCUCCCCCCCAAGCAUCGGCGAGUCCAAAGAAAGACGCUGCUUGUGCUCUGUGGCUUCUCCGUUCAGCUUCCUCGGUGUUUGUGUAGAUCACAGUGAGGCUGCAGCCCAGCAGAGUUCUGCUUUAGUGGUUUGGUCCGUGCUUCUUCCCGUCUUUUGGCAUAUUUACCUUUUAUUUUUUUUUAUUUUUUUUCUUGCUGCCAGUUCUCAAACACAUCUCUAAAUGUGAAGAAAUAUUUUUCCUUUUGAGAAGAGUGACGCCACUUUUUCCCCUCAAAUGGAAGGACUAGCGAAAUGCUGUAAAUAAGUUUGGAAGUUGGUUUUGAAGCGAUGCCUGUAAUUUUGGCUCAUUUUGUAAUGAAGCUGAUGUUUUAGUUGGGAAGGUUUCCAGAAGACAUUUCUGCUUAUUUUAUUGAAUGGAGCGUUGCUGUUCAUGUGUUGGUUUUAAUAAAUGAUUUUUAUUUUAGAUUCAGAGA